UGAGUUUCUCGUCCUUUCUUCAAUCAAAGGUAAGAAAAUAAGUUGAGUAACCAAAUUGGAAAUGUUUUUUCAGGAACUUGAUUUGUAUGUUGUGGUUCUUGUUUCGGUCUCUGAAACCUUCUGUGCUCCGGCAUUAAAUAAUGUAUUUUUCAUCACUUAAAAGAAUAUUUGGAGUGUAUCUGCAAUAUGUCUCUUCUUUAUUGAAAUUCAAAAUGUUAAUUAUCCCACCCUUUGCCACUAAUUAAAAUUUACAGUAUUACUUGGCAACUAAUUAAAAUUUACAGUACUUUAUGCAUUGUGAUUACAAUUUUUAAUUAACAUGCACAAGUAAGGGAUGUGUUUAAUUUUUAAUUUGUAAUAGACGUAUAUAGUACUAACUAUGGAAUCCAGAAUGCACAUACUCCAAGUAACACUGGAAGGGAAAUGAAAGCGAUUCUCAUUCCUGUUGGAUACGUAAUCAUGACUAUUAGCAUUCAGUUAGUUAAUGUGGCUUUGGAACUCAUAAAGUCUUUGAUUUCCAUAUACUAAUGCACAAGCUCCAAAGUUUGUCUGACAAGUUAAUUUUAAAAAUUUAUAAAAAAUCAUUAAUUGGUUAUCUUUACAUUGGAGAGUCUUUACAACUCCUAUUGGUUAGCAUUCAGUUGUGAGAUUGCUGUAUCUGAGUCCAAAAAAGUUGUGUUUAGUCACUCAGGUUCCAGUUUUGUCUUUCUCUCCACCGAGAUCAAUGGAAAAGAAAGUUGAUAAGAAGUUCACUUGGGUGAUAAAGGAUUUCUCUUCUUUGCAAUCUGAGAAAAUAUUUUCAGAUAAAUUUGUCGUCAGUGGCUGCAAAUGGUAUAUUAGUGCAUAUCCCAAAGGAUACAAGGUUGAUAACUUUCUGUCAUUGUAUCUGGAAGUCCCCGAUUAUGGAUCAUUACCAUCUGACUGGAGAAGACACGCACGAUAUCGCCUCAUUGUUGUAAAUCAGCGUUCUGAGAAACUCUCCCGGCAACUUGAAGUACAACACUGGUUUGAUGUGAAGUCUAGCAGCUGGGGCUUUCCAUCCAUGCUUUCCCUCGAUGAAAUUAAUUCCAAAGAUGGCGGGUUUCUGGUAAAUGGGGAGCUCAAGAUUGCUAUCGAGAUAGAACUUCUUGAAAUUAUUGGCAAAGUAGAGGUUAAUGGGUUUCAUCUUCUUUCUUCACAGGUGGAAUACGUGAGCCGUAUGUUUGAAAAACACCCAGAGACUGCUUCUGAAGUCCAUCUAAGGAACCCUAAUAUUAGGACAGGUUACAUGAAUUUGCUACUUAGCCUGAUUGAUACUUUGCGCCAGUCGCCUCAAGAGCUCCCCGAGGAAGAGGCGCAUUAUGCACUGGAAUCCUUGACUGAUGCUGGAUUUAAGUUGGAUUGGUUGGAGAAGAAAAUUUCUCAAGUAUCAGACAUAAAGGAGAAAGCGAAAGAUGGUGAGAUUCGUAGGCAAGAGAUUGAGACAGAGUUGAAAAAUUUGAAGCAGAAGUGCUCAGACGUGGAGGCUCAACUGGAGAAGGAGAAGUCAAAGGCGUUGGCUGCAAAAACUCCUAUCUCAUUCGAUAAUAUUAUUGAAUGAUCUGGAGUCACUAGACGUUUGCUCUUAUUUGAUUUUAGGCGAAGCUCUGCUUCUUAGCAUAUGCUGCGUUGUACUUGUCUCACUUGAAAAAGUCUUUUAUUUUAUCUUUUCAUAUGCGCUUACUUGCGACUCAAGUAACAAAUAUGUUUCAGUUUACAUUAUUAUUUAUUUCGGAAAUGCUUCUUUUUUUUCCCGGAUAUCCUCUGUGUGCCCAAUCCUUAUAUAUGGUGAAGAAUUGAGUGAACCUAAUAAAGAAAUUCUAAGAUGUCUAUUCUCUUGCAACGGUAGAGUCCACCCUUGGUUUCAAUGAACAGAAUGCUUUAAGCUAGGUUACUUGGUUCGAAAGUAAUUGCUUUUGUGUCUGAACAGAAUGUGGUUGUGCUUUUAGAGCUCACUGACUUGGUUUUGCUUUUUUAUUUCAUAGUUGUCAUAUCACAUUUUUUUGAAAAAAGUAUUUCGAUUAUGAAACUUUGUUAAAUAAGUAAAAGCGAAUCUCUCUUCCUACGAACAUAGACUGCAUUUGAAGAGUCGCGGUCAAUAGAGAGGAUCGAGAACUCUUUUAGCCAAUUAUUAGUUCGUAGUUAUGACAAAAAUAUCAAUGAACUCACACCUAACUAAUUAGGUCAAGACUGUUCGCAUUCCUACUCGUUUGUUUAAGCUGCCUUUAAAGCCUUGUUUUAGUGUGGCCAUUAUUCAUAUUAGAAUUUCAAACUUUAAGUAUUCUUUCUCACUCCAAUGGCAAAGCAAGUUGGUAACAAGUUCGCCUGGGUAAUCAAAGACUUUUCCUCUUUGCGUGAGAAGUGUUAUUCUCCUCCAGUCCAGAUUGGUGAUUGCAAAUGGUAAAAACAAUACUUCUAACUGCUCUAUGGUUUUGCUUAGUGAUUCGUUUCUUCUCAUGUUCUUCAGGCGUCUAUCUAUCUAUCCCAAGGGACUAUUUAAUAGAAAGCAGGACUUAUCUCUGUUUCUGGAAGUUGCUGAUGUUAAAUCAUUGCCUUUUGGAUGGAAAAGAUUGGUGAAAUUUCGGCUAACAAUAGCAAAAGAAGUUUCGGAAGUGCCCUCACCACUACUCUCUCUUUUUGAACAAGGGCCCUCAGUACUCAAAAGUGAUUCUUACUUCACUCUACUGUGUUUUCUUAAUUUCAUUUCAUACAUUCAUGGCAAAGGAAACUUCGUGUAUUUUAUGCAUUUUUUUUACUCAUGGGUCUUGUUAUUCUGCAAGUUACUAUUUUAUGAUAUGAAUUGUCUAUAUGAGUUCAGUUGUGAUAUUGAUUGGAUGUAACAGGGUGUUCAUGCAGUACUAUAAUUCAAUUUUGAUUUAUUGUCAUGAAAUUCUACAGAAUCACAUCGCUGGUUUGAUCAAAAUAAUUCUAAGUGGGGGUUUCCAUAUAUGAUUCCCUUAGCCAAAAUCCAUGACAAAAAUGAAGGUUUCCUUGUAAACGACCAACUCAUGAUAGUUGCCGAGGUAGAUGUUCUUCAAGUUGUUGUCACCUCAGAGAAACCUGAAGAGACAAAUCCUCUGAACCAGGUAUAUGUAACAUAACUGAUUUCAGUUGGUUUUACGUUUUAGUUUCUUUAAUGACUUUAGUUUUCAGGUCUUUAUCAAUACCAUUAAUCCUGUGUAUGUCUCAAUUAGCAGGUAGAAUCUGUGAGCUCGAUCCAAGACAGUGUAGUGGAAUUCCGUGCAAGGAACCAACAUCUGAAGACUGCAUGCACAAAUGUCUUGCUCAGCCUUACUCAGACUCUGUGCCAAACACCUCAGGAACUUUCUGUUGACGAUCUGGUCGAAGCAGGGAAAACACUUGCUUACAUGAAAGAUUCUGGCUUGGAGGUUGAGUGGUUGGUGAAGAAGCUUAAUGAAGUGAAGGCAAAGAAGCAAGAGCAGUCUGGUUAAGUAAAGGAACAACAAUAAGAGGCUGAGUUACUUAUGCAAGUUUCAACUCAUAAUUUGAAAACCAAAUUUCAUAUAUGAAUUGGUUUAAAGCUUGUUUGAUUCGGUUUAAUAUGUUUGAAUUCAGUUUGGUUUAAUUUAAUUUGAUUCAUCUCCCUUCAGUUUUGGAGAAUAUAAUUAAGUUGCAGCAAUAUUGGUUUUGAAAGAUAACCCAUGAUGUAGAAACUGGAAUAGAUUCUGUUGUGCUCGGUUUCAAGGUUUUCUCUGUCGUUUGAUGAUCUUAUGUCGUGACUUCCAAGGUAUUCAUCUGAGAGUUUCUUACUUGAUGUUCUGGUUUGCUCGUUCUUUAGUUGUUACAUAUAUAGAUGAAUUACAGCGGAAGUUUCUAUAACCUCUCUGCUUCUCUUCAAACUGCUUAGGUCAUGAAUUGGAAGAUUCACGUCCAAACAUGUGGCUUGACGUCCAAGCUAUAAAUAUCCAAUCGAUGAGUUAGCAUUAAUAUUCGACUGUUUACUUUUUUUAUCUGUGUCAAAUAAAUUCUCUAAAUACAGAGCUUUCUACCUACCUCUACAAUUAUCCCACUCUUUGACACUAAUUCUUACAAUAUCGUUUCCCUAAUUUAUUUUAUGUUUUGGUAUGUGAACGUUUAUAAAUAACUUUGCAUUUGUAUACGUAAACUAGUAUAUGGAAUCAAGGAUGCACAUGCUCCAAGUAACCCUGGUACGUAACUUAAUCUCAACGAUUACAAUUCAAUGGGUUAAGGUGGCUUUCAAACUCAUAAAGUUUACAUUGGAGAAUAUAUGUAGUUUGCGUAAAUCAUUGAUGAAGAAGAGUUUAGGAAUAUUGGAAUCUUAAUAUACACAUCGCUUAUAUACUAUUUGAUUAUCUAAGUACAAAAAAUAGUGUUGAGAGGCCCUCAGGUUCUAGGGUUUUCCGUUUCUUCACCGAGAUCAAUGGAGAAGAAGUUCGAUAAGAAGUUCACUUGGGUGAUCAAAGAUUUCUCUUCUUUGCAAUCAGUGAAUAUACUGUCAGAUACUUUCGUCGUCCGUGGCUGCAAAUGGUAAGGUUUUCAUCCAUAUAGAUUAAGGUCAUAAGGUGAUAUAUCCUCCACAGUUUUGCUUAAAUCUUAUAUUCGUUUUUCUUGCAGGCAACUUAAUGCAUAUCCCAAAGGAAACAAGGGUCAGAACUUUGUGUCUUUGUUUCUGGAAGUCGCCGGUUGUGGAUCAUUGCCAUCUGGAUGGAGAAGACACGCACGAUUUCGCCUUAUUGUUGUAAAUCAACGUUCUGAGACACUCUCCCGGCAACUUGAAGGACAAAACUGGUUUGAAGGGAAGGCUAACGGCUGGGGUUUUCCAUCCAUGCUUUCUCUUGAUGAAAUUAAUGCCAAAGAUAGUGGGUUCCUUGUGAAUGGGGAGCUCAAGAUUGUUGUCGAGAUAGAACUUCUUGAAAUUAUUGGCAAAGUAGAGGUUAAUGGGUUUCACCUUCUUUCUUCACAGGUAAGAAUUUAAGAAAUUUUUUAAAAAUUGUGUAGAAAUUUCACCACCGAGUGAAAACCUAUUGUGUUAACUUGUAUAACAAGGUGCUUUUGUGGUGUCGCGGGAAUAUAGAUUCGACUUUAUAUUUAUGUUUUCACUCUCAGGUGGAAUCUGUGAGCCGUAUGUUUGAAAAACACCCAGAGACUGCUUCUGAAGUCCAUCUAAGGAACCCUAAUAUUAGGACAGGUUACAUGAAUUUGCUACUUAGCCUGAUUGAUACUUUGCGCCAUCGCCUCAAGAGCUCCCCAAGGAAGAGGCGCAUUAUGCACUGGAAUCCUUGACUGAUGCUGGAUUUAAGUUGGAUUGGUUGGAGA